UAUAAAGGAGUGGCCGGCCGUGCUUCGGCGCUCUUUCAGCGGACAUGGGGGCGAGCAAGAGGGGCCGCGGCAUCGCCAACGGGGCAGCCAAGGGAGUGUCCAAUGGGGCAGCCAAGGGAGUGUCCAAUGGGGCAGCCAAAGGAGUGUCCAACGGGGCAGCAAAGACCGUGACCGUCGAGAAUGCCGCCGACCAGCCCCGCAAGUUCUUCGACCCCAUGGCGGUCACCUGGAUGGAGAAGUACAACGCGCCCAUGGAGAAGAUCUGGAGCCGCCUUCCAUCCUUCGUCCGCUCCACCAUCGUCACACUCGCCGUAUUUAUCCUCGGAGCCACAAUGAGAGGUGAGUGGCUGCUGACGGCCGUGCACACGGCGCGCUACCUGGGCUGGGAGCUGGGCGACCGCUCCGAGGGCUGGGACUUCUCGUGGCAGAACCUCAGCCUGGAGGCGCUGCGCCUCAAGAACCUGCGCGUCUACUGGCUGGUCGCCUCAUUCGUCUCCUACUUCAUGUACUUCAGCAUUGGCGGUUUCCUACACUGGUACUUCUACGUGCGGCAGCGCGACCGCCCCGAGGAGUGGAAGUGCCAGCCCACCAAGUUCCUGUCGCCGGAGCUGGAGCGCCACGAGAUCCUCGUGGGCUCCUUCAGCCUGCUCAUCACCAGCUCCUUCACGGCCACGCUCGCCUGCUACAUCAGCAACGGCGGCUGGAGCAGGGUCUACUACGAGUUCGACGAAUACGGCUGGACCUGGUGGUUCCUGCAGUGGGCGGUUAUAUUCAUAUACCAGGACUACGCGACCUACUGGCUGCACCGCAUCUACCACACGCCGUUCCUGUACAAGCACUUCCACAAGCUGCACCACAAGUACAAGCAACCGACGGCCUUCUCCGUGACAGCCAUCCACCCAGUGGAGAUCAUGCACAUCCAGAUUACGCUGUGUCUGCCGCUCUUCGUCAUCCCCUGCCACUUCGUCCCCUUCUGUGGCGUGGCGCUCUACACGUACUACCACGGCAUAAUCGAUCACUCGGGCAUCAACUUCAAGGCGUACUGGUGGCAGCCCUGGCAGCCAGACGCUAUCUUCCACGACAAUCACCACCAGUACUUCCACGUCAACUUUGCCUUCAACAUAUACAUUUGGGACAAGCUGCACGGAACGUACCGGCAGAAGGACCGGCUGUACACGGAAGACACGUUCUACGGCCGUGGAAAGGCGCUGUCGGAGGCUACAGAAGAAGAGCGCCAGCAGGACCUCACUGAGCGGCUGUCUGAAAACCCGCGCGCCUACCGUAGUGGCACCCUCGAGUACAAGCUGGAAGGGGCCGAAGCCACGACUCGCAAGCGGGCGGCCGCCCACUGACAACCGCGCAUGCGCCGUUGAAGUUUUCUCAGCCACGCUGCUUUCUGCUGCCUUGCUGGUCACAGCUAGACCGUGGAACCUGUGGAUAUUUAAGUAAAUGCAGGGUCAUUGCAUAUAUUCUGACUCUUCUUUUUUACUUCUUUUUCUAAUACAGAGCAACUACAGAAGGACGGUCGAAUUCUGCUCAGACGAAUAACGUCUUCAAAAUCAAGCACAGGCGUCUGUUUUACUCCGGCCAAAUUUUCUGCAGAAUUCCACAGACUUUUUCUAACACAGUAGUAAGAUUCUGAUACCUUUCAGAAAAAUUAUAAUUUAAAGCUAGACCGAAACCAUGCACUGUAGUAUAGCUACGAAGAUAAGUUUCUUCUGUUCUUCCGUUUGCUUCAGGACUUAACUAAUCCCUCCGUGGCAAUUUUUCUUUCUCGUGCCUCUUCAGAAACUGUCAGUCUUUCUCCUUUGCGUCUUUCUUCUUACAGUACUCACUUUGUUUUCAUAUCCAUCCACAACAGACAUUAAAGUACUUUGCAUAAUUUUAUUCAUAUCCUUUUAAAAAAAGGAUGGGAAAACAUCCUUCCACAAUUCCAGCGCUCCAAGUGAUUACAUUUCAUUGCUCUUCCUUUUCUAUCCACAGAAUCUGUGCUAAAUACUCCUCUUGUAUUUCCCUCCUUCUCCUACGCUUCCUUUCAGUGCUCCAAUAUGUUUCGUUUCCAACCAUUAUCCAGUGAAGUUUUUAUCUAUCGUAAUUACUUAAUCGUUCUUUUUGGUCAUAGAGUGUAUAACCCAUCUUAUUGUAAAUAAUCUGAUAUAAUAAAUUUACAGGUAUGUUGUAUAUGGUGUAGCAUUCAUAAAGAAUAUAUAGUAACAUACGGUGUGUAUAGAAAUUAAAACAUCUGAUAAUCAAGUAUUGAGGUCAAAAGCAGUCAUUGCCAUUAAAUUAAUCCUGUGUCAACAAUGUUCAAUCGUUAGUGACAUUGGAGGAUAAGGAUAAAUAUUUUGUCACUUUCAUAUGAAGGGCUUAUUUCAAUAGUGGUACAAGUCCACUUUUGUUCAUAUUGAGAUACAGAGUCCUAAAGUUAAAUAAGCGUUGAAAAACCUGCAGUUCGGAUACCAAAAUUAUUCAAGCAUAUGGCUUCUUGCUACAGAUGAACCUUUCUUUCUGUUUGUUUGGCUCAUUAAUUUCAGAAGCAUUAUAGACAGAAAAGUGAAGGUAAUGGACUUGUACCACCAUUGAAAUAAGCCCUUCAUAUGUUUUGCACCGUCAGUACUGUGCCCAGAGAUUUCAUUCUUUUUGCUUAUUUCAGUAGCAACGCAGUGCAAGUAUUGUGUUAAGUGCCAAUUUAUUUGACACAGAAUUUGGUUUCACAAAACUGAUUCCGUUUUUACUCAUUAUCACGGUAUGUUAUGUACGCUAAUUCAACUGUAACGUAUUAAAACGUCACCAAAUUUAAAAACGACUACAAUGCUGUAGAAUAUUGGUUUACCAAUGAUAUAAAUAAAGAAUAAUUACUUUUAA